ACGGGCCAUUUUGACACACAAAUGAGUGUCAGCUGUUUGUCCCCUUGCAGCUGCUGAGCGAAAUGCUCCCCAACAAAGCAGAGAGAAAUGAUGCAAACUGAGGACUUGCUCCAUGUCCUUAAGAGAUGGGGACGGGGGGAGAAGGUGCUGAGAAAGACAGUGGUGUGUGUACAGGGUGAUUGUCAUGGUUACCUCUCUCUCUCUGACAAAACAAAUGGCACCACUUAAUGAUGGUCACCCAAACAGCUAUGGAAAAGUGUGUGUUAAUCAACUGGCUGCCAGCGGAGCUGGGUCCCUGCUAUGUGAAGCAGAAGCCUUCCCAGGAUCACAGACAGCCCCCAGGAGCUGGAGGGGAACGGUAGAGCUUUCGCAGAGGGACACAUGUUGCUGCAGCUUGCAGGAGACAAAAGGAGGCUGAAGCGGUGCUUGCUGCCGCCUCCCGGCUUGUCCGGGCUUUCUGGGCAGCCGCUCGCCCCAGCAGCCGGGCUCGGACCAUGGCAGGAGCCGGCAGGCGCGUGUGAAGUUGAUCCCGGCCUCCCCACCCCUCCUCCCGCCAGCCAAGUCUGCUGCAGGCCCUGACACCCAAGCUCCCCCAGAGCCCAUAAGCAGGAUGCCAGGGCUCAUUAACCGGACAAGCAGCUCCCCUCUCCCACUCACAGCCUCCGAGGUCACCUCUUGCGUCAGCGGCUAUGCCUUUGGGAUGACCGCCUCCCUGACCUACGGCAACCCGGAGGCCCAUCCCUUUGAAGGUCUCUUUGUCUACCCACUGGAUGAGUACACCACCGUGGUUGGGUUCGAAGCGGUUGUUUCCAGGCGGGCCGUGACCGUGCAGAUCAAAGACAAAGCCAAAAUAGACGACUGUUACUUGAACUGCGGGAGCCUCCCCAAUGGAAGAGCUCAGGAUGGCAGCGGAAGGAUCGUGCUGGAUGAAGAUUUGGAGCGAAUCGCUUUUGUGGCUAACCUGGGUGUGAUCCCUGCGCUGGAAAGCGUGUCCGUCUUCAUCAGCACCUCCUCGGAGCUGCAGACUCUCCCGAGCGGUGCCGUGAGGGUCCUUCUCCCAGCCGUGUGCGUCCCCAAGGUGCCCCAGUGCGGCGUGGAAAGCACCAGCCUCUCUGGACAUCAGCUCCGAGCCAGAGAUCGACAUUCCUGCGCAGCUGGGAGCCCGGAUCCGGCUAACACGUUCUGUCUGGCCCAGCUGCUGGAGAGCGAGGCCACCAACCCCACCGAGUACGAGUUCAGCUUCCACCUGGAGAUCCGGGGGCCCUGUGUCCUCGCAGGAGUCGAAAGCCCGACACACGAGAUCCGAGCUGACGCCGACCCCUCUGCCCGCUCCGCCAAGAGCAUCGUGAUCACGCUGGCCAACAAACACACGUUCGACAGACCGGUGGAAAUAUUAAUCCACCCGAGUGAGCCUCAUAGGCCUCAUGUCUUGAUGGAAGAGGGUGACAUGACCCCGACAGUAUAUGAGCAGCACCUGAAGGGGAGAAAUGAUUUCAUUAAAGGGACCAAGAAGGACCCCAGCGCUGAGAAAAAGACGGAAAUCAUCAGGAAACGUCUCAACAAGGACAUCCCUCACCACCCCGUGAUCAUGCUGAACUUCUGCCCUGACCUGAGAACCAGCCAGCCAGACCUCAGGAAAACCCAGGGAGAGUUUAUAUUUCUGAUAGACCGCAGUGGAAGCAUGAGCGGCAUGAACAUCAGCCGCGUCAAGGACGCCCUGCUGGUCAUACUCAAGAGCCUGGCACCGGCAUGCCUCUUCAACGUCAUCGGAUUUGGGUCGACCUUUAAGACCCUCUUUCCUUCCAGUCAAACUUACUGUGAGAAGAGUCUGGCUAUUGCGUGUGAGAGCAUCAAGAAGCUCCGGGCGGAUAUGGGCGGCACCAACAUCUUAUCCCCUUUAAAGUGGAUCAUCCGGCAGCCCAUCCACAGAGGCCACCCGCGCCUGCUCUUCCUGCUGACUGACGGAGCCGUUAGCAACACCGGGAAGGUCAUUGCGCUGCUGCGGAAUCAGUCUUUCUCCACCAGGUGCUACAGCUUCGGCAUUGGGCAGAAGGCCUGCAGGAGGCUGGUGCGUGGGCUGGCUGCCGUGUCCAAGGGGAGUGCAGAAUUCCUGGCGGAGGGCGAGAGGCUGCAGCCAAAGAUGAUCAAGUCUCUGAAGAAAGCUAUGUCACCCGUCCUGAGCGAUGUAACUGUGGAGUGGGUCUUUCCUGAAACCACUGAGGUCUUGAUCUCCCCAGUCAGUGCCAGCUGUCUCUUCCCUGGCGACCGGCUGGUUGGGUACGGCAUUGUCUGUGACACGUCCCUGUACAUCUCUAACCCCAGAGCUGACAAGAGGCGGCGCUACAGCAUGAUGCAUUCCCAGGAGUCAGGCAGUUCCGUUUUCUUUCACUCCCAGGAAGAGGGAGCUGGCUCGGACAGCUGGAGCUAUCCCAAGGACUCUGAGGGGGGACUCCCUUCAGAGCGGACCCCUGAUCUCUUGGUGGUUGGUGGAGAACUGAGGAGAGAAUCUGACCCAGAUACUGGGCUGGACCCUAAAUCCUCCUCCAGGCGAAGGGUCUACAGCACCAAUCAGAUUGCCAGCCACGAGCCUUUCAAGAGGGUCCCCACAGCCAGCGAUCCGAGCGCCGCCCUGGGCAAGAAUCCUCUUCGCAAAGCCCACAUGCAGGAUCUGUGCCAGCUCAGCCCGGAGCCACAGCCACGGCGAGCGGAUUUCCAGCCUUUCACCGCCAGCCCCUACGUCGCCACCACACGGAUACGAGGCACCGGCGCCAGGAGGCCCUCUCUGCUGCACCAGAGCUGCCUGUCGUUUUGUCAGGACGCGGACACUCCCCAGCCACAGGAUGGUCUCCAGCACAUGGCUCCAGGCAGGUGCCUGGGUCAGCCAGAGACCAGCUCUGUCCUGAGAUCCUCCUCGGGCAGCCGGAGCCCUGGGGAUCAGGAAUCUGCCCAGCACCCUUCCUUUGCCUUUGAAACAGAGACUUCGUCAGACUGGGAUCCCCAAGAUCUUGAUCUCGGCGCCGCCAAGGGGUGCCCGCGCUCCCCCAGGGCCAUCUGCAAGGCGGUGGUGAAGGGGUUAAGGGGUAACGAGCCUGUCCGGUGGGAAAUCACCUUUGACAUCCGGCCCCUGUUCCAAGACAGAGAGAGCCGUGAGAACGGCGAAGGGGAUCUGUGGAACGAGACCUUCCACCACUUGGCGGCCAAGUCCAUCAUCCGGGAUUUCGAGCUGCUGGCCGAGAAGGAAUGUGAAAUCGAACACGGGUCUGGGAGGCGGUACCAGGUAAACGCUGUCCAAACCAGCCGAGCCUGCAAUGUCAUCAGCAAGUACACGGCCUUUGUCCCGGUGGACCUGAGCACCAGUGGCUACCUGCCAACCGUGGUCGAAUAUGCCAAUGCAGGGCCAGCGUCCAAACAAGGUGGCCAGCGGAGCUCAAGUUCAGGAAGCAGAAGGCACCGAGUCUUCUCCGUCGGACUCGGACGUACCCAGUCGACUUGCGGCCAGGAUGGCGCAGACGAUGGAUUUUACGGCAUGAAUGCAGAUGAGAACAGCCUGUCGCCCGGCAGUACACCUGCCUCUUCCGGCUGGGAGCGCUACAGUGUCCCGGAAGCUCCGCUGCAGAGUCCGUCUGCUUCCUCUGCUCACUCCCAGAAGUCCAUUGAUACCCUUUUUUCUGCCAGAUUGACCCUUCAUAAAACGAGACUGCUGACUCGAGCAGCCAAAGGCUUCAUGAGUAAAUCCCCAAGUCGAGUGAAUGAACCCAGCUCCGAGAGCAGCAAUGAAAACAUUGACUACCUACCCCUGGUGUCUCUGCAGUUGGCCUGUGGUGCCUUUCUGCUCAACCCGGCGUUCUGCCACGCAAUCAGCAUUCCCAUGGAGAAGCUGAAGUGGACGUCUCCGUUCACCUGCCACCGGAUGGCUCUUAGCCCCUCCGCCAGCUCCUACAACACUAAGAAGUCAGGCCCGCCUCAGGAGCCCAAGAGCCCUGGAUGCAGCCGGCAGCUGCUGGCACCGAACGACGUUCCCAGAGAGAGCUCCUCAGACAGCGACUUCGCUCCCAGUGCAGCGCUGAACGGCCAUGGUGAGGCUACGGGAGACGCAGGCCGGCCUCGCCACUUCUCUGGCAGCGCAGUGGAAAGCCUCUCAAAGGCCCUGAAAGCUGAGAAUGAACUCUCACCCCCUGCCAUCACCAUCCGCCGCUUCUCCUCCCCUGAGAGCACCCAGUCCCCGCGGGAGCCGCAGAGCGACAGUGGCAGAGGCUCUGAGUCGGACAGCUCCGAGCUGCAGUCCCUGCUCUUUGACAUAGAGCUGCAUCAAUGGGCCGAGCCAGAGGGGAUGCUCUGGGCCACAGCAGUCGCCCUGGCCUGGCUGGAGCACAGCUCCGCCUCCUACUUCAUCGAGUGGGAACUGGUGGCCGGCAAGGCCAGCAUGUGGCUGAGUGAGCAGGAGUUCCCGGAGGGCCGGAGCCUGGGGACCGUCAAGGCCGCAGCCCGGCAGCUGUUUGUUUUGCUCAGGCACUGGGACGAGAACCUCGAGUUCAACUUGUUGUGCUACAACCCCAACAACGUGUAGGAAGGGGGAGUGCAAAAGGGGGGAGUCAGGCAGUCAGCUGAGACAGCCUCUGGGGUACAGGGACUGGUCCUUAAGAAACAUGGUCUAACAGCUGAGCUCCACCACUGCCGUGCCAUGCCAUGCACCUUUAUUAGGACAAGCCUUUCUGCACGCCAGAAAACAACCAAGGUCAUUCAAACCCCAGCACUAAACAAUUCUUCUUCUUCUUAUUGUAUAAGCAGGGUAUGAUUCACCUGGAGCACUCACUGCUGCAGGAGGUUAUUAAGGCCAAUAUCUAAACGAAAGGAUUAUUCAUUUCUGUGACUAGGAAUAGCAUCUCCAGUUACACGAGGUACUAGGCACCUCCUUCCCUUCAGGCUGGGCUUCAUCUGAUCCCCAGCACCAGUCCCAGAAAGAGAAUCCCAAAUCUUCAGUCAACCAUCUCAUCCUUCACGCUUCGCCAUCCAGCCAAGCCCUUCCCUUUUCACCCAGUCACCAUCAAUCCCACGUUCAUCUUUUCACCCAGAGCAUUUCCAGCCAUGAUUCAUCGUUCCCCGGUCUCCAUCUAGACUGCGUUAUUGUGAAGAUUAACAUGUGUCUCUUGUCUCAGGGAUUGGUGUUCGAGCAGCCACUCUGCCUCAUGGGUCAAGGUUACUGGAAAUCCAGACUGCGGCCAAGCAGUUUAAGAUGGAAAAGCAACACUGGGGAUGGGGAAAACAAUGGAGUGAAUUGCCAGGUCCUCCCAGAUCACUCAUUCUCUAUAGCUGUGGAGUUGGACUGGGAUUUUCAAAGGCGCCUACAGGAUAUAAACACCCAAAUCCUAUUGUAAUCCCAACUGGGUGCAUAACUCCCUUAGGCUUCUUUGGAUAGCCUGGCCUUGGUUCCAGGACAGUCUUACAGGUUGGUUCAGCACGGACAAUGUGCCCUAGAAUCUUUUGCAUGCAGAGUGGGGGUAGGCUGGGGCCAGACUGCACAGCCAGCAAGCAGCCGGAGGAAUGCAGGAGGUGGAUUAAAGCAAAUCUAUUCCCCAGGCACUUUCAGGCCCAGCGUAGCGGAGCUAGUAGAAUGCAUCUUGGAUUAGAGCAGUUAAAGCUUUUCAGUCCCCAUCAGUGCAUUGAGUACAUUCCCGCUAGAAGGACAGCCUCCUGGGAGAGGCUGUAUCAGCGAUUAGACUGAUAUUACAUUUGAUCUGAACCAGAAGGUCUAGGCCUGCAUUGUAUCCAUGUGUUCAAGCCUGUGCCACUUUGCCCAGUGGCUUUGAAGCGUGUGUUCUUACACUUAGAUUUUCUGACAGCUCAUGCAAAACAGUCUGCUGCCCCCUUGAAAGCUUCUGCUAGCCAUGCUUGUGGGUCAGGGGUUUGGUGGCGCUCUUUUGCCAUUGGACUGGCCACCUUUUCCCCCCGUUCCCAUGCAGACAGAGUGCCACUUUCUCGUGCCUACUGCAGACUUGUUGCAUCAUAUCUCCCCUCUCGUAAUGCCCCUCUCGAGUGUGUGGGCAAAACUAAGCGCUGCCCAGCAUUCGUCUCUUGACGGUGUCUUUUGAACAGCUUGGAUUCCAUCAUCCUUCCUCUAGCCUCGCUGCUGAAUUUGUUUCCAUUCUCGCAGUGCUGUGUUUUGACUUGACUGCCAGCACGGCAUAUGACAGGCAGCAUCUGUGGCUACCUGGCUCCAUGCUUCUUAAUACAAAGUGACAGCUGAUAGCAAAUUGUAUUGGCAGACCCUUUUUGACUGUAAUUACUCAGCAAGAACCGUUCUGAAUCAGUUAUUCAUAGCGGAAGGCAACUUUAAGCCAGAGACUCCAGCUCUCAGCAGCGUCACCAGAACCGGUCCCAUUAACUCCUGCUAAUGCCAGUAACCCACUUUGGCUGACAAUUGUCAGAAGCAUAUUAAUUAAAUGAAAUACAUUACAACCUCCUUAGUUCAGAAUAGAUUGAAAAUUAAAGACCGGAUUCUGCCCGUGGGCCCAGCGAUAGGACUCACUGAAAUCAAUGGGCGUUUGGACACACGUAUCCAAGGGCAGAAUGUGACCCUUCCAUGACAAACCAAUCAGCGCAACUUGCUUGUCCUAAUCAAUGUGCAAACAACUGUGGCUGUCUCAUCGGUGGGGACAGAUGGUGAGUGCAUCCUAAUUACCACGCAGGGAAGUGGGUGAUGCCCUAACAUCAGGGCGUCUCCUGCAUUCAAAUUUUAGGCUGCCGUUCAGGAAAACAUCCCUAUUCAAGACAACCCUUAAGCAUGUGUUUAGGUCCCACUGAAGUCAACAGAACAUAAGCACCUGCUUCUCUAUAUCUGGCCCAUAGUCAUUAGCGGCUCCCUGGCUACAGAGAGUUGGAUGUCUUGGGUGAAAGAAAGCUAAAGAUUUGAGGUUGAUGGGUGAGGAAUGGAGCUGGUCAAAAUUUGUCAACCCAAACAUUUUCCGUUGGAAAACCUGGUUUAAUUGAAGUUGACAUUUUGGAGGGAAAAUGUUGAUUUCAAUGAAUUUGGGUGAUUUGUUUUUUUUCCUGACAGGAAAAUUCUAAAAAUAAUUUAUUUCAUUUUGGCUUCAAAUUUUGUUGUUGUUUUUUUUUGGUCCCAGGAAACUGACCAAUUUCCCUUUUCAGUUUUUGGUUCUUCUGCCCCCCGCCCCCCUUCUCUCCCAUUUUUACCCCUGCCCCUUUUUUCCCAUUGGAAGAAGGCAGGAGAGGUAAAAAGAAUGUGAGAAAAUGAGGGAGAACCCACUUUUCACAAUUUUGGGGGGUUUGUUUUGCAGCUGGAAGUAAUUAGAAAGCAGAAAGUGGGGCUUUCCCCCCACUUCCUUUUGAAACCAAACCUUUCAUUUGGAAAUUUCCCAUGGAAAAUGGACACUUUUCAACCCAGACAUACUCAGUGGGCAUUUGUUGCAAGAAAGCUGCCGGUUUCUGACCAGCUCUUGUGAGGACAGCUUGCAGGGGGUCAGAACUGCUUUUGUCACUAGAGCAGAUUACAGGAAACUCCCCAUCCCUGUUGCUGUCAAUCCAGGACAGUGAUGUCUUGUCCACUCAGGCGGUGGGAGUGCGUUCCAAACCUCUCCAGGGUCUUUCCUGGUUAUGUUUCAAACAAGACUCUGAACCUGCUGGAAUCCUACGUGUGAUCAGAGGGGCACCACCAGCCCGAGCGUUCCAGCAGCCACCCCUGUGUCAUUGGGUGAUGUUACUUCUUCAUCAAAUGGGAGUGUCACAUUCCCUUCCAGGCAGGUCAGCUGCUCCUCUUGUCUCAAGUACCACAUCAUGGAAGACAGGGAACUGCAGCGUAGCUGUAUGUGUAGCUGUUAGCCUGUUGCUUAACCAUCUGGCAAGGGCCUGGCUCCAGGCCACGUGAUGCGAGUGUCUUUUGGUAGGUGGCGUGACCUGACCUGUUUGUGAAGUGAUUUUACACCGUCCUGUCCUCUCACCUCAUGCCCCUAUUCCUCUUGGCCAGCCCCAAGGCUCCGCUUUGUAAAUACCAGCAGCAUAAAUCAAUGCAAAACAUCCCACGGUGUCUCCUUUGUCCCACACGGGAGAAUCUGGCUCUCUCAGCAGACCUAGUGAAGCUAGUGGGUAAGUGAGGCCCAGACUAGAGGCCCAGAGGGGUACAGCCACACAGGUUGUAUACAUGUGAAAUGCAAAGGCCUGAGGUGUGCACUUAGGAGACGCAUAGACCUGAUGCACAGGUCAUGGGGUGGUCUCAUGACCACUCGGUCCACAAUGCUGCAGUGGCUGAUAGAAGCUUUUUUCUAUGCACUCAGGUCACUUUGGAUGCUUCCAGGUUAUGGGCUUUUCAUGAUCAUUUAAAACAGUUUUGCAGUUAGAGACUUCGCAGGUACUUAAUACGCGAGUUGCAUGCGAAUUGCUCAUUUUACACAGCUCAAGAACUCCACAGAGCAUACAGACCUUGGAGGCGUAACCUCACCAAUCACCAGAUUCCUCUUGAUGCAAAAAUAUGGCCUGGGACCUAGCAUUCAGAAUCUCCAAAGAGCAUGCAAGCCUUGCCAACGGCAGCUAGUAACGAGGCUGAUGUCUCCUAUUACAUAGGGUGUAUUUGCUACAGCAUAGGAAGAAUUGUGGCCUGUUCAGAACAAAACAGUGAAGCAUGCACCUUCUGUAGCAUGUUAUGUAACAGCAACAGAGUAUGGUAACAUAGGAACAGCCUUGACAAGCGUGGUUAGUGUGUCUCGGCUUUGCCCCGCAGCAGUUCGGGGAACCAAUGCAUCAUGCCUGCGACUUUUGGCCCCACAUAACUUGCCGUUUAUUGGCAGCCCUGAGAGGAUAACAGCAGGCACUCCCACUGCUCUGCUCGGUUCUCAGAGAUGCUGGCCGUCUUGAAGUGCCAGCUCAGCAGUUUUCAAUGCCUGUGCCGUCAUUCAGAUGUCAUUAACCCCAAGGGAAGGCGACCUUGAAUUCAGUGCUCAGAUAAGAUAUUAUUUGGGGGUAAUUAGUUGGGUUUUU